UCCGAUUCCAACAUAACAUGCCCGCGCGGACUUCGCGGGGGUCAGUUUACAUUUUCUUCGUGCGUUGUGUUUUGCUUGUUUGUUCAAAAUCUUAUUUAAGCGCGCAAGGUUGUAGUGGAAGCUGGAGAGGUUGGUGAAUAUGGGGUGCCCUAGAAAUCUGCGGCUCGUCCUCUGUGUGGUCGUGCUUGCGGUAGUAGCAGAUAAAGCCUACGGAAAAGCAGUAGGAGAACAGAAGAAACUGGUCGUACCUUUGACUGCAAAGAAGGGUGGAGGCACGACCUCCCCACCGAAGCAGGCGCUAGGAACACCGCCUGCAAAAAAGAGUGGAAAGAAGACCUCCCCACCGAAGCAGGCGCUAGGAAAACCGCCUAGGUUUCCCUUCCCUCCACCUGUCGGCCCAGUACCUACCAUCACGAUGCCCAAGGGUCCGUGGAAAGGUAUUUACCUCGUGUAUCCACCGAUCGACCUGCGACUGGCUCCAACAAGAGUGAAGUGGGAUACGUUGUAAAGACUUCCGGAGAUGUGGAAACGGCAUCUCCAAUGGUGGCAGAUGGAAAUACCCAAUUGCGAACACCAAAAUCUGUUGGGCCCCGACCCACGCAAAUUGAAAAUCCUGCUCGUGAUGUUUCUUUUUGUGAGAUGCGCUGCAAUAAACAUGGCCAAAAUAUUUUA